GCGACGACGCCCGCGACGCCGGUACGGUGCCGCGGCCAUGCAUGGUGGCUCGGCCGGUGGCCCAGGGGUGUCUUGAAAUAGAAGAAAAUAGUUCGCGCAUUGCUUACGAUUGCUGUCUAUCACUUGUCACUCUUAAUGCGGACUGCUUACGUAGCUGCUUGCAUAAACACCGUAAGGUGUCUUAUUUAAUCAGUUUUGAUAUUGUCGGCUCUGGCCUUUCUUCUAGGAUAAGUUUAAGUGCGGAAGGACACAAGGUCAAGCGCGGAGAGUGGCGGCUAACACAAAAUUUGAGCGGGCAUUAGUCGUUUGUCACUCUCCUUUGUUACUCCCACUGGUACAAACUGACCGCGCUUCCCAGGGCAUUCGCAUGACUUCGCUUUGCACAAUGCUGUGCCAAGAAGAAGGUAACCAGAAAAUUGAUGCAUAUCUCAACUCAUUGGGGUUCUGGAGGAAGCAGAUCGCCGCUGAUGGCUCCUGCUUGUUCAGAGUGGUGUCUGAGCACGUGCACAACACGCAGUCGAAACAUGAAGCUGUACGACGAGCAUGCGUGCAACAUUUACGUGAGAACAAGUCCACUUAUGCAAAGUACCUUGAUGGGGACUUCGAGAACUACCUGUUGAAUAUGGAAAAUGUGAAGGUCUGGGGCGGCCAUUUGGAGAUGCAUGCUAUGGCAACACUUUACAAGAAAGACUUCGUCAUCUUUGACAGCCCAUCCAAAAGUCCCUACUACGCAACUGAAAAUCGCUUCCAAAGUGUGGUGAUGUUGUGCUGCACCCAUGGUAAUCACUAUGAUGCGGUCUACCCAAAACAAGAACUUGAUGCUGCAGCAUUCUGCCAAUCCAUUCUGUACAAAAUUUUGUACGAAGAUGUUUUUGAGAUGGGAGGCGAUGUUGACUUGGCAGUUCAAAUGAUGCUCCAUGACAAGAAAUCCUUCAAGCACAGGAAGCACAUGAACUUUGAGCAGUGGAAAGAGUGUGUAAAGUUGGGCAUAGAGACCAACGUCCUUCCUGAAGAAGAACAGGCCACUGCUUCUGAAGUGGUGACUGCAUUGGCCAACCGAAUAGCCCCAUUCCCAUUUAAAGUUGCCAAGGCAUUGGACCCGACAAUCUACAGGAAUGUUGAAUAUGACAACUGGAAAGAGGCAGAGAAAGAGAAGAUGCGCAGUGAACAACUCGUGAUUCCAGACUUGAAGCCUGGAGUUAAAUGUUUGGUGCAGAUGUCGAGCGACUUGGAAGUCCACAGCACUUCCACCCCAUUCCAAGCUCACAUUCAAAAUGUGGAACCAGAUGAAGGACUUGUCACAGUUUUCGUUGAAAGGCUGGGGAAAAUGUGCACAGUCCCAUAUGACAAAGUUCAGGCACUGCCCCUGCCAGCGCACAAAGUAUUGACUUCGUGCGAAGGGCCUGUUCCACACCAGCUACAGGGUUGCCUCUACCAGCAGACGUUGCUGCCAAGCAUUCAAGAUCUUCCGGAGUCGCAGUGCAGACUUGCACGCAAAGGGAAGGCCAAGGACCUCUCCUUGUGGCUGCCUACAGCGGUCGAUGGAGCACAUCCACCCCUAGACUUCUCUCUUCCGCAGCCUUCGAAUGUCAGUUGCUCACCUCCUGAUGACCAGGUGAGGUUCCCUUUGAGCCCCUCAUCGCCCAUGGACACCAGCCGAUCAGUUUGGACCCAUCCUGUACGAAUGUUGGCACCUGGCAGCCCCUGCGCAUUUCCUCAGCCAAUCAUGUACCAAGAGAAACAAAGGUUUGAAAGCCCUGCAGCCUUUGACUUCACGCCCCAGACAUGUAUACCACCCAAUUGCAGUCAGUCUACUGCACAAGACGUGCCACGGGAAAAUCAUGAUUCCAGAGUUGUAAGCCCUGGUAGUCAAACCCAACUCCCAGCAGCUCACCGUGCUGAAACACCAUACUCUGGCAACUUUACUACUUCUGUGUUUGACCAGUGUAUCGUUGGUCAACCUGCGCACACGGAAAGAGGGUUUCUGAGUGCACCACUGCCUUCAUCUUAUGACUAUGUUGCUGCUCCUUCCUUCACUUACGUAAGCACCUUUUGUUUGAUAUUGCUACGUUACAUUGGUCGACAGGUGAAAGAGAACAAGACUGCACCCUCUCCAGACAUGACGUCUCCCUCUGUGCUUUGCCGUGCUGUCAGCCAACACACCAAUGUAGAUAAGGCUGCCCCCUAUCCAGACAUGAUGUACAGUCCACCACCAUGCACCACUCCAGAUGCCCAUGCCAACGAUACCCCUCUGCCAUAUGGCCAGGAAGUUGCGAUUGUGCAGCAUCCACAGCAGCAACAGUUCGUCGCCUCCUACUUUCCAGUGCCCUUUGCUAACGGCGUAUUCUCCUAUGAGCCACCAGCACCCACUGUUAACCUGGCUGCUCAGCGCUCUAAUGACCCCGAGGGCCGUGACCUACCCAGUGAUGUGGCAACUCGGCGGUUCUUCUACAACAUUGGCCGUGACUACUUUUGGACAUAUGGCACCACUCUGCAACCAUUUGUGCUCCAAUCAACACAGGGCUACAAUAGCAACUUCAACAUGACCCAUGUGCCAUAUGUGGUUGACUCCAGCAUGGUCAUGCCUGAUGUCAGAUGCAGUACAUCAGGCUCUGCCGCAAGCACAAACAGCUUCACUGGAGGUUUGGAUGGAGACCGCUCCCCCUCCUCAUAAUCGGUCUUUGGCGCUGUUGGAAAUGGAAGUCCUUCGGGCGGUUCACCAUCCUUCAGCUAAGAAAUGGUGUCACCAGUUGCUUCACAACCUCCGAACAGACUGCACUGUUUGACAGUGUGGUAGGUUAAGAAUGCUUUUUCUAUGUGGGGGGCACAGGCACAACCUCAUUUCUUACCAUGCUCGCUCUCAUCAUUUGAAAAUUCUGUUUGACUGCAACGUAACCCGUGAUAUUUUUCUGUAUCUGUGAUAAGUGACAGUGCCACUCUGAGAUGACUGCAGCCCUUUGUGUGCACUUUGUCACACUUGAAGUAUAUACAAUCAACACAUACCACCAGUACUUAGCCAUUGUUUAAUAUUAUUGCAUGUAUUGGCAGUUGUUGCAGUAGUAUUUUUCUUGAGAUGUGGAUUGCAUUUCUCAGCACAUGUGAAUGCAGAGCGGGUGGCUGUCGUAUUGUUAAAAUAUAACAGCACACUUUACUGGUAUUUAGGAAUAUAAGCCUUGCUUAUGUUGUGGAACUUUGUGCAAUAGUUAUUGCUGUAUGUUGUGGGCCGGUUUGUUUGGCAGCUAAAUGUCAACAUCAUCAUUGUUGGUAGGUGGUAUGGGUGAAAGCAUUAAGCUUUACUGUGAUAGCUAAUAUAGACAUUAGGUCAUUAGUCAUUUUCUGACACUGUCUGUCCAUCAAAACUCCUAGUCAGGCACACCACUUUAGCACUACCAUGCUGCAGCAUUUGAACAUUGCUAUUUUUAAGUAUGUAUUUACAGCCCUACUCUUGCAAGGCAUUCAAAAGUGGCAGUGCAAUACUUUGGCCAUUCUUGAAAAUGCAGCAUAUUUUAGUCACAUCUAGUCUUUUUUAAAGUUUUGGGCUUACUGUAAACUUCUGAUGAUCAGCAAAUGUGAUCUUCAGAUUUCCAUAGCCCAUAGUAUCUUGUCAUGUCUUUCAAUAUGCAGAAGUUUAUUUUUGUUGGCAACAUUCUUGCUCCACUCAAUUCAAUUACUGCCUUAUUCCUUCAGGGAUCUUCCACACAUAACUUGUACAUGAAAUCAGCAAAUUGACAGCAUGUGUAUCUACUGUGCUCAGCCAUUGUCUCAAGUCGCUGACCUAACUCUCAUUGAGUUAAGUGCAUCAGCAACUGAAUUUUUUCACAGUGUUUCUUGUAGAAUUUUAAUCUGUCUGGAUUACUCUUUAGUCAUUAGUCAAGCCUUGCUCUUACAUUUGUAUCGCACAUCUCAUGCUCCCGCCACUAUGCAUGAUCUCUUUGCCUCUUCUUGUUGUCUGUCCUACAUCUUAUAUUCACAUAUUUUUUUGGUAUCUAUUGAACUAAAAUGUUCUUUUGCCUCCUGUGAGCAGGUCACUCACUCAUACUUAUCAUUUGGCAUGCAUACCUGUGUUACUAAUUGAAUUCCUGCCGAAUUAGAUUAAAAAACUAGGGUAACCAAGAAAGAUUGUUAAACAAGUGCAUGACCUUGUCUCAGCUAUGCUGUGGUUACACAUUGCCCUUGUGUUCAUGGCACCACGUACCUGGACUUUCUUUCUGUUUCUUUCCCUCUUGGUCAUCUGCAAGGUACCGGCUCAUGUCUUAACCAUUCAUAACUGGUUUAUUGGGCAUUGUUGUUACCUCCAAACGUUGAGGUUCAAAUGCCACUGCUACUUUCUUUUUCAUGUUGAAGUAUUCAACAAUAUGAAGUAUUUUAAGGUCUAGCCUGUUUUAUUUUGCUUCUUUUUAACCAAUAAUUUACUCUACAUAGCUUUGAAUAUUUUGUCUUUUUCUCAAAAGUGAUGUUUGCUUCUUAGUGCCUGUUUUUUAGCAAACUCGUGGCAAUAUAGAUGCCAUUGAUACCCCACUUUUUCAAUUUGUCUGUCUCUCAAGAACUGAGGCACAUAUCCCACAACCAUUGUUUUACCUAUUUUAACCUGAUUCAUUGUUUUGUUUGUUAAUGAACACAACUGUCAUCCCACUAGGGUGGUUUCAAGCCUUUUUAGAUUUCUUAACGAUGAAAAAAAAAAGGACAGAGUCACUUUCUUUUCUUUGCGCAGUAUUUCUUACUAACCACAAACUGCCAUGGCCACUAUUGACUUCUGGAUCCUUGCUGUACAUUUUUUUUUUUUUUGCCUCAUGAAUUGAGGCAUGCAUCUCACAGCCAUUGUAUUACCUACUUAAACCUGUUUCAUUGUUUUGUUUGUUAAUGAACACAACUGUCAUCCCACUAGGGUGGUUUCAAGCCUUUUUAGAUUUGUUAACGAUGAAAAAAAAAAGGACAAAGUCACUUUUUUAUUUGCGCAGUAUUUCUUACUAACCACAAACUGCCAUGGCCACUAUUGACUUCUGGAUCUUUGCUGUACAUUUUUUUUUGCCUCAUGAAUUGAGGCAUGCAUCUCACAGCCAUUGCAUUUCCUAUUUAAACCUGUUUCAUUGUUUUGUUUGUUUAUUAAUAAAAAUUUUCAUCCCAC